GUAUAAUACUGAGUGUCAUUACCCUUAUUAUGGUGUUAUUACUUAUAUUCCUGUGCAACCGAAUACGUAUCGCUAUUGCGUUAAUCAAAGAAGGCAGUCGGGCCGUGUCAACCAUGAUGUUCACGCUAAUCUGGCCGGUCAUACCGUUCUUUCUCGAAGUCAUUAUAUUUGUUGUAUGGGCCAUCAUGGCUGUGUACCUCGCAACAUCGGGACAACCGGUGUACAUGGUUGGAGAAGUCCCAAAUAACUACAAUGGUAGUGCUUUCACUAAUGGCACAGAGUGUGACCCCGAAGUAAGUUCUAAUUUGUUCUCAUAA